AUGGCAACUCCAAUUGCAGCAGCAGCUCAGAGCUCUAAAGUGCCUUCCCUGGCUCAGCAGGCGGAACAAAAAGUGUUUGAAGAACUCGCCCAGCAAGUCCAGUAUGAGGGUGAGAAAUCUGUCUUCGCUGUUGGCGGCUCGAUCCCACUCACCUCAUUUGAUAAACACCUUAUCUGCGAGUCUGACGAUACCGAAUCGGAUGGGGACAACGAGCCUAGCGAGCAACCUUUAAGCGAGUCCAGCAUGGAGACCCCCCCCUCUCAUGAUGGCCUCGUCGACUACGACGAUUCCAGCGAGAGUGAUCUAGAGCACCUAACACCGCCACCGCCGGGGGAAAGUGUUGAAGUGCACAAAAUGCGUUGCGACCCGAUCACCAUCAGAUGGGACUCCACUGAAGCUGUUGGUGGCUCACAUAAAGUGACCUUGCCAUGUACCGAGAGCCAGAGACCCUCCUUCGAGCAGCUGCUCAAGGACUGCCAGCCAGCGAGCUUUGGGCGUGCAGGGAAGGAUGUCAUGGACGAGACAUAUCGUAAAGCUGGGAAGCUGGACGAAUCCGACUUUUGCACAAACUUCAACCCCUACUCCCUGGGCAUUGUUGCCACAGCCGCACAGGCUCUUGCUCCAAAUAACUGGAGACAAACCAACGAGAAUCAUGGUGUCAGGGCGGAGCUAUACAAGCUGAAUGUGUAUGCCGCGCCGUCGGGCAAGUUCAAAGCGCACGUCGACACCCCACGCUCGAAGCACCAGAUCGGGUCGCUAGUUGUCUGUCUUCCGAGCGUCCACGAAGGCGGGCAGCUGGUGCUCCGCCACCAGGGUCGGGAGGAGGUCUUCGACUGGUCUGGCGAAAAAGGCAACAAUGCGAUUCAAUGGGCAGCCUUCUAUUCCGACUGCGAGCACGAAGUUCUCGAGGUCACCGCAGGUGAACGUGUGACGCUGACAUACAACCUGUAUGUCACCUGCUCGGCGAACACGGCUUUGAUCGAUCCUGAACAGGUCGGGCUCUACCACACUUUGAAGACGCUACUCGAGCAGCCAAGCUUCUGCAAGAACGGAGACACGAUCGCCGCCCUCCCCGCAACUCUCAAGGGAGUCGACAAAGUCGUCUACACAUGCCUCGCAGCGACCAAACUCCCCGUCCGUCUCCGCCACUCGCUCGCAAUCUACAAGAGCGAGCGCCCUUGGUACUACAUGAACCUCCUAGACAUGUACGGGAAAAAGGACACGGACAGAUUCGACGAUCUGAAGCAGUUUUACCGGCGCGAAGACACAGAAGGGCGCGGUGGAAGGGUGUUCACCAAUUGGCAGCCGCUCCACAAGAAUCAGAAUGUCGCCCUCGACGUUCUAUCGGAAGGGCUUGAGCCAUGGAAGACGACCGACUCCUGCAUGUCCGAAGGGCUCGAGUCCACGUACAUCCUCAAGGAUUGGGCCCGCGACUUUAGUGUCAGGCAGGUCAAGUGGUUGAACAAGCCGGGCCAUCGGGAGAUGGCAUUGGUUCACGGUGCGUACGGCAACGAACCUACCGUUGGAACCAAGUACUCCAGGAUGGUCAUCACCAUGGACAUUCCGCCAUUCCAAGAUCGCUAG